CCCAGACUGGAGGUCAGGGUGCCAGCGGGAAUGAAAAGACCGAAAGAGACGCUUCUCUCACUUCACCAAAGAACCUUUUGUCCUCCAACUGUCACCGUCGCCACUUGUCAAUGCUGCCGGACUGGCACCGAAUGUGACCAACUUUAUUUCGCAACGGAUGUGUGCAGAUAUUUCAGACCAAAAUAUCCCCGUGGCUUUGCUUGGCUCUCCUCCCAGACGAGAAGGCUGGUAUUGCUGGAGCCGUCAUGGAUCCGAGCUCAGGCAGAUUCCACCUUUGUCUUCAUUUGUCCGUCAGCUAAGAAUAAAGGUGACCUCACAGGAGUGGGGGAGGCCCAUGCUGGAUUGCUGCUGUCACACUUCCAUCCAGCUCACCAGGCAGAGGAGAAAGGAGCAACCAAUGCUGGCAGUCCACAAUCCCACCAGCUGUCCUCUAUGAAGCUUUGCAGCCAGUGGAGCUUAGGAGGAGCUUUUUCCCAAGCCAAUAUGCUCUUCAGGGUCCUUUCAUCAUCACACCCAGCGCUUUCGCUUCCACGCCGGGGUUGCUGAACCCCUAGCAGGGGACUUCAGGGACUGGACGCAGCUGCUUUUGGCUUAUCGGGUCUGACGAGACCUCAAAGGUGGACUCGCAUCAGCGGUGUCAUCAGAGAGACGUUCAUGACAACUCAUUGCAUGUGGAGUCAGCAUUUUGCAGGAUCUCAUAUGUCCUCACGCUCCAGUCAGGAUGGGAUGGCUGUUCCAUCAGUUUAAGUUCUCCACGCCUCACAUCACGCUCCUUCAUUCCCUGCCUGUGACCUCCAUAUGAGAUUCCACAACUGUGAGCAAAGCUGGCCCAGACGUUCGGCUUCACAUCAUCCUAAAAAGGAGCAGCUAGCCCGGCGUCGGAGCAGCUCUAGUGGCUGCGGCGUUUGUCGGUGACCACAGCCAUGCAGGUGUCUUUCGCGUGCACAGACCAUGGGCUGAAGGCCCCGCGCAACGGCGAGCACAGCAAACAGAACACCACCAGCCCCAACACGACCAGCCAAGCCCGAGCCCGAUUUCGCACCGUGGCCCUGAUAGCUCGCAGCCUGGGUUCCUUCACCCAUCGCUACCAUCACAAUCUCAAGGAGUCCACCGCCAAGCUCACCGGGAUGAAGUACCGGAAUCUUGGGAAAUCUGGUUUGCGUGUGUCCUGUUUGGGCCUGGGCACGUGGGUGACAUUCGGCGGUCAGAUCUCAGACGAGGUGGCCGAGCAGCUGAUGACCAUUGCGUAUGAGAGCGGGGUCAACCUGUUUGACACGGCAGAGGUGUAUUCAGGCGGGAAAGCAGAGAUAAUCUUGGGAAACAUCAUCAGGAAAAAAUGCUGGAGGCGAUCCAGUCUGGUGAUCACCACAAAACUCUACUGGGGAGGAAAGGCUGAGACCGAGAGAGGCCUCAACAGAAAACACAUCAUUGAAGGUUUAAAAGGCUCUCUUCAGAGGAUGCAACUAGAGUACGUGGAUGUGGUUUUUGCCAACCGACCAGACAACAACACCCCCAUGGAGGAGAUCGUGAGAGCCAUGAGUCAUGUGAUCAACCAGGGCAUGUCCAUGUACUGGGGAACAUCACGGUGGUCUGCCAUGGAGAUCAUGGAGGCUUACUCAGUGGCCAGGCAAUUCAAUCUCAUUCCACCAGUCUGUGAACAGGCUGAGUAUCAUUUUUUCCAGAGGGAAAAAGUGGAAACACAGCUGCCGGAGCUCUACCAUAAAAUCGGUGUCGGUGUGGUCUCAUGGUCCCCUUUGGCCUGCGGCAUCAUCACUGGCAAAUAUGACAAUGGGGUGCCCGAGUCCUCCAGGGCCUCCAUGAAGCCAUACCAGUGGUUAAGGGAGAAAAUAAUGAGUGAGGAUGGAAGAAAACAGCAAGCCAAGCUGAAAGAGUUGGCUCAUAUAGCGGAGAAGCUUGGUUGUACGUUACCCCAACUUGCUAUCGCAUGGUGUCUGAGGAAUGAGGGUGUGAGCUCAGUACUGUUGGGAUCCUCCAAUCCAAACCAAUUAACAGAGAAUCUCGGAGCCAUUCAGGUGAUUCCAAAGAUGACAGCGGGCAUCGCCUCAGAAGUGGAUCACAUACUGGGGAAUCGCCCACACAGCAAAAAAGACUACCACCAUUAGGACAACCUGACAGUCUCUGGAAAGUGUAUCAAAGAUCACACAUAUAGCCAUGGCACAACAACUAGUGCCCAACUUUGCUUGUGUGGCCCUGUGUGUGACUGUGUAAGAUGUUCUGCUUGGUUCCUCAGCCACUUGUUAUCAUAAAAUGAGAUCCUCAGCAAAGAAUGCAUGCUUACAUACAACCAUGGCAGCGGGCAGAUGCGAGGGAGAAGAUCCAACGUGAUCAUUUAUUGAAUUAUCCUUCUGUUCCCAAUCUAUGUGCACAAAGUCAAGAAUGGAGAAUAAUGCAAUAAAUUCUGUAUGAUGUGAAGAAAAUCAAGCAGCAUCAUUGCUGUGCAGUGAAUACCUUAACGUUAAGUUGCAUUUGGUUUUUUAAGACAGAAUUUUGCCUCGCUAAAUGUUUAGGAGGUGUUGGCAACAUGUAAGCUGUGUAAUUGAGCCUGGCCUCAGCAGACUGGAUGCUACUUUUUUUUUUUUUUUUUGCAUCUCAAGCUGAAGUGUCAGUGUGAUAAAUUGUCCCUGUAUAGGAUGAACUGAGCUCAGCUAAUAUAUUUUCCAAAACAACUGUGCUGUUACUGAUUGUAAUGUGUUUUAAACAGUUUCAACCAUCCUCCAAACAUUUUGUUUUACCUUAACAUGUUUUUAUUUCAACUCUUGUGGUUAAACAUUGUCAGGGUUGUCAUGAUGAUGAAUCGGAGAGGGGAGCUUUUAAAGCCAUAUAGGCCCUAGCUAAUGAAAACACACAUUACAUACACACGCUGCGCUCCAAGCAGUUUCUUCCAGAAGCCAUUUUACUAAAUGGCUCUUUGUUUUGCUCUGUUCAUGUGUAUUUUUGGCGUGAUUCAUCAGCGUUGUACAUAGAAAUAAAGAGAUUAUAACUAA